AUGCCUCAAAAACGCAGGGAAAUCAUUGUUAGUGUCCUUCCACCUAGGACCUCGGCACAGGAUCAGCUGCUGCUCGUCACCCAUCACUCAAAGUCUGCCAUGCAAGCUGCCAUCACCAAGUUCCAAGACACAACCCUCACCAGGCUUACCACCAACAAAAACCUCCUCAUCACCUUCCCUUUCAACAACAAAUGCCCCGGGCCUGAUGUGUGUCCUUACAACAACAAUGGCAUGCAUGAGCAUCGCGAUAAAGAUGCUUGUCCCUUCGACACCAAUGGCGAGCAACAACACCAGGAGGGCACCACCCUUCCUUGCCCCCUGUCCCUCAGAGCACACUUCUGGGUUUGGCGACGCGACACUUUCCUCUCAGAGCGUUGCCAGCACAUCCUUUGGGAGGGGUAUCACCUACUCCUUCAACGCUGCCCCGAAAUCUUCAAGACCACCACCUCCUCCAUCAAUCAGCAAAACAAUCGUUCUUCCUACAACCUCAAGCCUUUGCUGCUGGGCUACUGGCGACCUUCGGCUCGUGAGUCUUUCUUCACCUCUGACACCUUGCAGGGAGGGGAUGCUACACGCCAGCGUUACAUCAUGCGCUUCAUGGCUGCCAUCGACUAUGUUCUUCUCCCUCUCAAGCGCAAGGUCAAGGAGAUGGACCUCGGAGCCCACAAUGUUUGCACCAAAAUCUGCAACUUUGCCACUGUGAAUGAUUACAAAACCCUUCGUCCUUCGGCUAUCACGGCAGGUGUGGAACAAGUCCAAACCAAGUAUGAGUGUGAGUUCAAUGCUAAGCCACUUCGGCUUGGUCUCAUGGGUACCACCUUGCAGGUAUCCAAGGGCUUUGCUGAACGCCGCCACAUCGACUUCCAUGACUGGAAUGAGAGGGGAGCUGUGUCUUACAGCUUCUCUAUCGAUCCCAGUGGCUGGGGGGGGGGGGGGCAGGAUCUUGCCAACUGGCAAUGGACUUUCCAAACCUUGGCUACCGGAUCCUCAUUCAGUCUGGACAGUUGCUGGCAUUCACUGGUGGCGACCUGCUCCAUGGUGUGCACUGUGAAUCCCAGGAUGUGGCAGCAAGCGAGCGCUUGA